CUAGCCGCCCCGCCCACGCGCGGGGAAGCCGCCGACCUUCGCCCUGGCCGCCCUCGCGCUGCCAGCCGUCCUCACGGACACCCGGGAGAGCAUGUGGAUUAACUGAUGUCCAACGAGUACAUGGAGCCAGCCUUUUGUAACCUGCUCUUCCAACAGUUUCUAAGAAGAAAAAGGAGCUCUUAAAUCUAAGAAAAUGCCUCGAACGAAGCAGAUUCAUCCCAGAAAUCUCAGAGACAAAAUUGAAGAAGCACAAAAAGAGCUUAAUGGGGCAGAAGUUUCCAAAAAAGAAGUCUUAGAGGCUGGCAUUAAAGGAACUUCAGAGUCUCUUAAAGGUGUGAAACGAAAAAAGAUUGUUGCUGAGAAUCACCUGAAAAAAAUACCAAAAUCCCCCCUGAGGAACCCUCUUCAGACAAAACACAAGCAAAAUACAGAAGAGUCACCAUUCCGUGUCCUCCCGAGUGCAUCAGAGUCUCAUAAGAAACACAACUGUGUCCCUGCUAAACAGGGGAGGCAAUUUACCAAGCAAAAUGGAGAAACGCCAGGGAUGACUGCUGAAUCCUCAGAAUCUGGAGACUCGGUCUCCCCAAAGAAAGCCUCAACUCCUCACCACCGGUCAGAACUGCGGAGAUGGAGGUCAGAGGGAUCAGACCCAGCCAGGCUCAGUGGCCUUGAUGGGCAGCGGGACUCUAGCUCCUCAUCUAGUAAAACCAGGACUGACAAUAGUGAAUGUAGCUCUCCUUGCUGUAGCACCACGCCCCCCUCCUAUACAAGUACCGCGUUCGAUGUCUUACUGAAAGCAAUGGAGCCAGAAUUGAGCACCUUGUCACAAAAGGGCUCAUCUUGUGCAAUUAAGACAGAAAAACUGAGACCAAAUAAAACUGUAAGAUCCCCUUCUAAAUUAAAGAAUAGCUCCCUGGAUGCCCCAAAUGCUACGUCCCCAGAACUGGUUGCCGAGUCGCCGUGUCCUCCAUGUACCUCGUACCCAGUACAUGUGGCCACCACUCAGAAAAGUGAACAAGUGGCAGCUCAGUGUGUUUCUCACCUGUACAGCUCACAUGAUCACCUUGUUCCCAAACUUAGCCAACAGAAUCAGCAGCUUCCGGGGCAUCUGGGCUUAACAGGAUCACUGACAAACCUGCACACCCUUGAGAGCACUAAACUUGAGCCGAUCUAUAAUACAGCAAUGACAUCCACUGUAGGUCUCACUUCUCCCUCCACUAGAACUCAGGUCACUCCUCCACACCAGCAAAUGGAUUCUGUGUCACCUUUGUCAGUAAGCCCUGCCAGUUCCACACAGUCGCCCCCAGGGCCAAUUUACAGCUCAACCCAUGUUGCUUCUGUUGUCAGUCAAAGUGUAGAACAAAUGUGCAGUCUCCUUCUGCGAGAUCAGAAGCCCAAAAAACAAGGCAAAUAUAUCUGUGAGUAUUGCAAUAGAGCAUGUGCAAAACCCAGCGUGCUUUUAAAGCAUAUCCGCUCCCACACGGGAGAGCGGCCCUACCCCUGUGUGACUUGUGGGUUUUCAUUUAAGACUAAAAGUAAUCUGUAUAAGCACAAGAAAUCGCACGCGCACACCAUCAAACUGGGUCUUGUCUUACAACCAGAGGCUGGUGGUUUGUUCUUGUCCCAAGAGUGCCCCAAAGCACUUAGUGUCCAUUCCGACAUUGAAGACAGUGGGGAGAGCGAUGAAGAGGGGCCUUCAGAUGGAAGACAGAACGACCCAAGUGUCAGGGACCUGCAACCUGUGCGAACAAUGAAGACUGUAUCAAAUCCCGAAGCUUUACCCAAAUCAAUACCAAGCAAUUCCGAUCAUGUGGUCAGUGGCUUCUCUUCACAGGACAGACCUUCAGAGUCACAAACCCUGACAGAGUUACCGAAGGUUGUGGUCCACCCAGUAAGCAUGCCCCCCUUGAAAACUGACAGUCUUCGGGUGGCCAAUCCCAAGCCUGAACUUCCUAGUACACAGAACCAGAGGGACCUUCAUGUUGCAAGCAUACUGUCACAUUCAGCCGGUGGGUCAGCCCUAGAGACGGAUGAGACGUGCCAUCAGAAAGGGGAUGUGAUUCAGUCAGAAGGGAAGCCAGAUUCUCACAGUGGAACAGCACAUGCGCAGCUCCAGAGACAGCAGGCCACAGAGGACCCCCAGGAGCAGCAGGGCAAGCUGCUGCUGAGUCCCCGGAGCUUAGGAAGCACAGACUCUGGCUACUUUUCACGGUCCGAGAGUGCCGAUCAAGCCGUGAGUCCUCCAACUCCGUUUGCCAGAACUUUUCCCACCAUGGACCCAGACCCAGCUAAGAACAGUGGACCCCCAGGGACUCGAAUCAGUGCUCCAGCACCUUCUGCUUUGGCCACCGGAGAGAAGUCAUCGGUUGUCGCAGGCCAGAUGCGCCCACCCUUGGCAACCAAAACUCUGGAGGAAAGGAUUUCCAAGCUGAUCUCAGACAAUGAAGCCUUGGUCGACGAUAAGCAACUGGAUAGCGUGAAGCCCCGGAGAACCUCACUUUCUAGGCGGGGAAGCAUUGACUCCCCCAAAUCAUACAUAUUCAAAGAUUCCUUCCAGUUUGACCUAAAACCGAUGGGACGGAGAACAAGCUCCAGCUCUGAUAUACCAAAGUCCCCAUUCACCCCGACCGAGAAGUCAAAGCAGGUGUUCCUCCUGUCUGUUCCUUCCCUGGACUGCCUGCCUAUCACGAGAAGUAACUCCAUGCCAACCACGGGCUAUUCAGCAAUCCCUGCAAAUAUAAUUCCUCCCCCUCCCCCUCUUAGAGGAAGCCAGUCAUUUGACGAUAAAAUUGGCACUUUGUAUGAUGAUGUCUUUGUGUCAGGACCCAACCCAUCCAUGCCCUCAAGUGGCCAUCACCGUCCCUUGGUCAGACAGGCUGCAGUGGAAGACUCCACAGCCAGUGAGAGUCACGUUCCGGGCUCUGGGCAGUCUGUGGAUGAGAGCUGUCAAGGUUGCCCUGCCUCCAGUGAGCCUGGACCAGUACAGAGCAAAGCAGUGCAGACCCCUCACCUAGAGAAGAAGAAGUCACAUCAAGGACGAGGGACCAUGUUUGAGUGUGAAACCUGUCGAAACAGGUAUCGGAAACUGGAGAAUUUUGAGAAUCAUAAGAAAUUUUACUGUUCAGAGUUACAUGGGCCCAAAACAAAGGCAGCUGUGAGAGAGGCGGAGCACAGCCCGGCACCUGGUGGGGCACAACCCCAGGUUCUCCACUACCGAGUUGCUGCUCCCACAGCUGUGUGGGAGCAGACUCCCCAGAUAAGGAAAAGGAGAAAGAUGAAAAGCGUAGGCGACGAUGAGGACCUGCAGCCACGGGAGAGUGGGCAGUCUCCAGAAAGUGCUGACCCUCUUCAGCUGCAGCCAGUCCCAGGGGCUGCUCCCAGUCCAUCCAAACAUGCCCCUGCCACAGCAGCUGACCAGGCACACAGAGGAGUCCAGCUCCAGAGCUCUCCUGUCCAGCUUGUGGCCCGGGUCCCUGAACGGGCCUUGCCCCUGAAGCAAUGCCCCGUGGUUGAACAGCAGCUGAAUUCUGCAGCUCAGGACAAGAUGGAGGUGAAGAGACAAGGGGGUGGCAUCUCUGUCAUCCAGCACACCAACUCCCUGAGUAGGCCCAGUUCAUUUGACAAGCCGGAGCCCUUGGAAGGGGGCAUCACCUUUUCUUUACAGGAGUUAGGCAGAGCUGGGAUGCCUGGGGCCCUGAAAGUGAUAGGGAUGGCCCCAGAGGAAGGCCACCCACCUCAGGAUGCCACACAUCAGACAGCACUGUCACAUGCCCUCAGAGGAGAGCCACGGGAAAGUGCUAGAAAGAUUCCAAGUGAGCGGUAUGUGUUAGGGCAGCCCUUGAGACUUGUCCGGCAGCACAACAUCCAGGUCCCAGAAAUUCUGGUCACCGAAGAGCCAGACCGGGAUCUGGAAGCCCAGAGUCAUGACGAAGAGAAGUCAGAGACGUUCACUUGGCCUCAGCGUAGUGAGACCUUAUCAAAGCUGCCGACAGAAAAGCUGCCACCCAAAAAGAAAAGGCUUCGGCUGGCUGAGAUAGAGCACUCCUCAACCGAGUCAAGCUUCGAGUCCACUCUGUCCCGGAGUCUCAGCCGAGAAAGCAGCUUGUCCCAUGCAUCUAGCUUUUCUGCCUCCCUAGACCUAGAAGACAUUUCUAAAGUAGAGCUGGCCCCCAAAGUUGACUUUCCAAGCAAAGCAGAGUUUCUUUUGAUUCCACUGGGUUCAAACACACUGAGUGUCCCCGGAAGUCACAGGGAAAUGAGGCGGGCGGCAUCAGAGCAGAUCAGUUGCGUGCCCACACUGAUGGAGGUCUCUGAUUUCAGAAGUAAGUCGUUCGACUGUGGGAGCAUUGUUCCUUCCAAUGUGGCGCCAGCACUUGUUGUAUCACAGCCCUCCUACUCCCCAUCUGCUGUUGGGGGCACUGGACAUGUGCCCCUUCUAGAACGGAGGCGAGGUCCCCUGAUUCGGCAGAUAUCUUUAAACAUAGCUUCAGAUAGUCACCUCUCUCCUGGCAAUGCAGCACCUCUCCAAACCAUUGUUCUUCCUAGUGUGAACACAGUGCCAUUUCAGGCUCCAAGGCUCCCCGAUAUGGCUUCUGCUGACUGCCCUGCACAUACUGUGCACCCCCAGACCCUGGCUAAAGAUCUUCAGGCAGAAAUGUCAAGUUCCAGCUCUACGGACACAUUUCCUCCUCAACAACUUUUUGGUGCCCAUUUAUUAAACAAAACCAACACACCCCUUAGUCACCAAAACAUACCACUGCCUAUGCCAGUGUCUGCACAGGGCGGCAAAUCAGAUUCAGCACCCACUGCAUGUGUGUCUUCAACAGGGGAGGGUAGCUUUGCUCCCAAGUACCAGCUUCAGUGUCAGGCCUUCACUUCAGGCCAGGGCUGCUCUGCGAGUCCUUUGUGUUCUUCACCUAAUCAAGUUCUUCCAGAUCAAGCUGGAGCAGAUCCUUGCCCAGCCUCAGAAGCUCUGUCAGCCAAAGCAGUCGAUCCCGUGUCCAAACCCUGCCCUCUGCUGCCGCUAGAGCUUGGGCUCCCGAGUGAGGAGGUGCUGCAGAAGCAGCUACCCUCCUUUGUGCUGCCUGUGCCCCAAAAGAGGAAUGUGCCAGUGGACUGUUUCGCUCCUGUCACAUCUCUGCCACAGAUCUUAGUGACCCAGGAUCUGUCCAACAUGCCAAUUUGCCAAACUAAUCCAAGUCUAGUGCCAGUCAGCGAAGAACAAAAUUCCAUGCCAAAAUCACAGAACUAUCUCCAAAAUGCAUUGCCAACACCAGAGAAGGAUCUUGCAUGCAAAACUGUUCUCCCAGAGAUGGGCCAAAAUGCUCCAGUUUCAGAUUCCUCGCCGAUGGUUCAGAAGGUGUCUGUUGGUAGACUCUCCCCGCAACAAGAAUCCUCAGCCUCAAGUAAAAGGAUGCUUUCCCCAGCAAAUAGUUUAGACAUUGCCAUGGAAAAGCACCAGAAGCGGGCUAAAGAUGACAACGGAGCUGUUUGUAGCACAAAUGUAAGACCGCUGGAGCUGCCAAGUUCAAGAGCUAAUGAGAGCCAUAAACAAAAGAAGCCAGUACUGGUAAGGCAGCUCUGUACUACAGAGCCCCUUGAAGGAGCGGCAUUGGAACAGGACGCUUGCUCUGCCUCAGGAAGGAGCAGCAAGAAUGCUAAUUUGACUCAGGUUUUACCAACUGAUAGUCUGUCAUCCAGACCCUCUACGUUUGCAGUCACAGACCAUGUCAGUGAAUUGCAGGAGUUUAAAAACACCAAGUUGUCCACAUCACUGACUCCUACAGUGGGAAGUUUCCCCACCCCAUCGGAAAGUGCCUGUGUUUUGCCUUUGAAGUCCAUAGACAACAACCAGGAAAAGGGGUCACCAGGGGUUAGAAAUGAAGAGAACAAGGUUAUCCAUGGGCAGAGGCAGCAUCCAGUCCCUGGUCUUUCAUUGGUGAGCAGCUCAGACACUCAACAGUCAUCAUUCCCCAGCCUCAAGACUGCAACUAGCUUUACAUGGUGUUACCUGCUGAGACAGAAGGCAUUGCCAUUGACUCAGAAUGACCAGAAAACUUCAGCCUAUACGGGGUGGACAGUGAGUUCCAGUAACCCAAAUCCGCUUGGUUUGCCUACAAAAGUUGCUCUUUCUCUUCUUAAUUCUAAACAGAAGACUGGAAAGUCACUGUACUGCCAAGCAAUAACCACCCAUUCCAAAUCAGACUUAGUGGUCUAUUCAAGCAAGUGGAAAAGCAGCGUAAGCAAGAGAGCAUUAGGUAAUCAAAAGGCCACAGUAGUUGAAUUCAGCAAUAAAGAUGACUCUGAAAUUAACAGUGAACAAGAUAAAGAAAAUUCCUUAAUCAAAAGUGAACCAAGAAGAAUUAAAAUAUUUGACGGAGGAUACAAGUCAAAUGAGGAUUAUGUAUAUGUCCGAGGCAGGGGAAGAGGAAAGUACAUUUGUGAAGAAUGUGGAAUACGUUGUAAGAAACCUAGUAUGUUAAAGAAGCACAUCCGAACCCACACAGAUGUUCGCCCCUACCACUGCACUUACUGCAACUUCUCCUUCAAGACAAAAGGAAACCUGACAAAACACAUGAAGUCCAAGGCUCACAGUAAGAAGUGUGUGGAUUUAGGCGUCUCAGUGGGCUUGAUAGACGAGCAGGACACAGAAGAAUCAGAUGAAAAGCUAAGAUUGGGUUGUGAGCGGUCUGGAUACGAUCUCGAAGAGUCUGAUGGCCCAGAUGAGGAUGAUAAUGACAACGAAGAGGAUGAUGACGACAGCCAAGCAGAGUCUGGCCUCUCAGCAGCACCCUCAGUCACAGCGAGCCCACAGCAUCUCCCAUCCAGAAGUGGUCUUCAGGACCCUGGGAGUGUAGAGGAGGAUCUUAGAGUUUCCAGUUGCUUCUCAGGGGUACAUACGGACCCAAUGGACAUUCUACCUAGAGCACUGCUCACCAAGAUGACUGUUCUGAGCACAGUGCAGAUUGACCCUAACAGGACAGACUUACCAGCAAAGGCCAGGCAGAGUACUGGAAAAGAUGAGCAUGAGCUGGCUCCUCCCAUAGACACCCCCAGGUCCCCAGAAGUCACCCCCAGGUCUCCCGGCCAUCAGAUGUCUGUGCAUUACUCUGAAUCUGAUGUUCUGAGAAGCCCUGCAGCUGGAAACCCUGCGACUGCAGUACAGGAUUCAUCAUCUGUGGUACUGCCUCCUGCGGUAGCCCAACUCAACCCUCAGCCUGCAGCCAGGAUUUCUUCCUCGGUCUCACCUCACCCUGACAGUCAAGACCCAAAGCAGCAAAUAACCUUGCAACCACCUCCAGGCUUGCCUUCCCCGCAGACCCAUCUGUUCAGCCAUCUCCCCUUGCAUUCUCAGCAGCAAUCAAGGACCCCAUACAACAUGGUUCCCGUAGGGGGUAUCCACGUGGUGCCUGCUGGCCUCACCUACUCAACUUUUGUACCCAUACAGGCCGGGCCAAUGCAGCUGACCAUUCCUGCUGUGAAUGUUAUUCACAGAACCGUGGGCACCUCUGGGGAUACCAUCACUGAGGUUUCGGGCGCUCCUAAUCGCCCCACCGGAGUGGCGGAAUUGAGCAGUGUUGUGCCCUGUAUUCCCAUAGGCCAAAUCCACGUGCCAGGCCUGCAGAACUUAAGUCCCCCAGCCUUGCAGUCGCUCACGUCUCUGGGGAUGGAAACGGUCAACCUGGUGGGCCUGGCCAAUGCUACCGUGGGCCCGCAGGGGCACCCCCCGGGCCUGGCCCUCAACGCAGUGGGGCUCCAGGUUCUGGCCAACGCGCCCACCCAGAGCAGUCCCGCCCCACCGGCACACAUUCCUGGUCUCCAAAUCCUCAACAUCGCCUUGCCCGCCCUGAUCCCCUCGGUUGGCCCGGUGGCUGUGGGCACCGCGGGGACUCCCGAGACUGCAGCUCCCAACAGCAAAGCAGUGGAGCUGCAGACGCCGGCAGGCCAGGGACACAGUUCCCAGCCUCCACCGGGGUCACCCGAAGGCCCUCAGGAAACCCCACAAACAGUGCCCGGUCCCUCAGCUGACCACGCAAGACCUGAAGGCGCCACCAAAACGGACAUGAAGAAGGGGCCCUCUGCGGGUCACGUGUUGCCCGGGCGCUCCCCUGCGCAGGCGCAGCCGGCACCCACACCCACACCGGAAGCUUUACAGAAAGUUGCAACUUCAGCCCCUCCAUCACUUCCCACAGACAGAGCAUCUCCCAGGCCCCCUGUGGCCCACAGGCAGCCCAUUGUCCACUUCAGCGACGUGAGCAGUGAUGAUGACGACGAGGAUAGGCUUGUCAUAGCAACCUAAUGGUUUGUUUUUUACUGAUUUUUUUUUAAUAACAGGUUUUUUUGAAAAACCCUCCUUUCCUUAAAGCACAUUUUUUCUGACGUAAACUCAUGACUAAUCUUUGUGCAAUCAUGAACUUUUGACCAAUAAUUGUUGUUUUGUGUUAGCCCCAGCCAUUUUUGUAUAUGUUGUAUAGACAAUUGUGCCUUUUAGAAGUUUUAUGUUUAGAAUCUGUACAGAUGGUUGAAUAUCUAUAUACUUACAAUGUUAUAUAUGUAUAUGAAAACCAGGUAGUUGUGUUUAAUAGAAACUUGUCAAAUAAAUCAGAUGACUGAAUGAUAUGUUGCACUGUUAAAUAUAAAUUUUUACGGCUAUGGGGCAGUUUCUGUGUAUAAAUUAGUAUGCAAACCUCAUAUUUAUUGUAUUCAUAUUAGUCUUUGCAAAUGGAUCUGUCAUUGUGUGAGACAGUAACUGUACACUUCAGACAGAUUUUCUGUGUUAUAAACUGUUUCAGUAAAAUACUGUUCACAGACUUUA